CGGCACUAAGCUGUCAAACUUCAGCUGUGUCUCAAGCUCCAACAACCAGAAAUAUGUUGGGAUACAGUCAAAAUUUGGAAAUAGCAAACUGAAACUGAAGCCGCACGCUACGGUUGGAGCUUGAGGUGAGGGCCAGCAUGUUGUCGAACAAACCGCCACCACCAUUGAAUCCGGAUCAGCCGGUGCUGUACAUCGAAUGCUGUCGCGCUCACACAGACUAUCGAAGACGCGCCAGUGAGCUGCACGCAUCACUGGCGGAAGCACUGCGCGCUCUACAGCCGGACUUGGAGCUGCAACUGCGUGUCAACGAGAACAACGCGCCCCGCCUCGGCUCCUUUGAGGUGGCCAUCGCCGCCACGCCCACCGAAGAUGUCGAGUCGCGACAAGUACUAUGGACUGGACUGCAGCGUGUCCCGGUCUCCGCAAAGGUGCCACACGUGGACGAUAUCAUAGCACCCGCGUGCUUGGCCUUGAGACUGCGCCACAGUCAAGCAGGCGCCAGCCACGUUGACCUGGUCCGUUACAGCGACGGCGACAUUAACAAGAUAUUGCAGAGGCGCAGCCUUUCGUAGCACAAAUUUCAGUUUCAGUUUCCUAUUUCACUUGU